AUGGCCAAAGAUAACGAACAUGCCAAAGACCAGGCCACCAAUCGGUUAAAUCAGGUUUCUGGUCACAUAUCAUCCAAACCGCCCAAAACCAAAUCAACUUUACCCGCCGACCACUCAGACGUGCUAGACCAGAUAGCAACACUUCGCAACAUUGCCGCAACCCCCAACCCCAAGCAAAGAGGCUACAUCCGACAAAAGCAAGCCGGAAAACUCUGGGUCCGGGAACGCAUCGAUCAAUUGCUCGACGCAGGAUCAUUCCAAGAAAUAGGCUCUGUGUCCGGAACAGUAACAUGGCAAAAGACCGCGCCCAGACGCGAAAAGCCGGUAUCUUUCAUACCCAGCAAUAAUGUCCAAGGUGCAGGAAUGUUGCGCGGGAGAAAAGUGCUUCUAACGGCGGACGAUUUCAGUAUUCGAUCUGGUCAUGCUGAUGGAUCGAGUCAUGGGAAGACGGUCUACGUUGAGAAACUUGCUAUUGCACUGCGCGUGCCGGUGAUCAAGCUUGUUGAUGGCAGUUCUGGUGGUGGGAGUGUCACGACUAUCAAGAAAGAGGGAUGGAGUUAUCUUCCCCAUGUAGCGUCGUUUCCAUACGUGGUUCAGCAGUUGAACAUGGGGAUACCGAAUCUGGGAGCCGUGGUUGGGCCAGCAAUUGGGCUUGGUGCCGCUCGAGCCGUAUCGUGCCAUUUCUCCGUCAUGGCGGCUGAUAUCGGUGCAUUAUUCAAUGCGGGACCCAAGGUCGUUGAGGGCGCGACCUUUGAAGAAGAUCUUGGGUUUCAAGAUCUGGGUGGUCCCAUGGUUCAUUGCACAAAUGGCACUAUUGAUAACUUGGCAGCGAAUGAGGCCGAAUGUUAUGAGCAGCUGCGCGUUGUUCUGAGUUAUUUGCCUAAUUCUGGGAGUGAGGCACCACCGGUGAUACCUUGCAACGACCCCGAAGACCGUGAGGAUGUUGCUUUGCGGAGUGUUAUCCCGCGACGACAAGCGCGCAUGUAUAAUGCGCUCUCGAUCAUUACCUCCGUGGUUGAUAGAGAGUCCUGGUUUGAGAUCGGAGGUCUCUGGGGUCGCACUGCCAUUGGCGGGUUGGCAAGGUUAGGUGGUCGACCUGUUGGUGUGAUCUCGUUGAACUGUGAAGUGAAUGGAGGGGCAUUGGAUGCAGCGGGCAGUCAAAAAUUGACCAGGUUGCUGAAGCUGUGCGAUGUGAUGAACCUGCCUAUUCUCCAAUUUUUGGACGUCCCGGGAUAUGCUAUCGGCACAGUGGCUGAACGAACGGCAACCAUGCGCUGGGGCGUCGAGCUUGCAAAAGCUUACUUCAGUACCACUGUACCUGUCUUUAAUGUGGUGACCCGGCGUGUGUUUGGUGUAGCUGGCGGUGUCAUGCUGGGAUGUCGAGAUCCGGUCAUGCAGGUCGCUUGGCCCUCUGGCCAAUGGGGAUCGCUGCCUCUAGAUGGCGGCAUUGAGGUGGGACAUCGGCAUGAGCUACGUGAGGCUGAGAAGAUCGGCCAGAAACAGGAGCUCUACCAGGAGUUGGAAGAGGAGUAUCAACGACUGAUGAAUCCUGUUCGAACGGCUAAUGCAUUCGGGAUCGAGGAGAUCAUUGAUCCCAAAGAUACCAGAAGUGCUUGCUGUGCCUGGGCGUCCCAUGUUUAUGAUUUCCUGAUGAAAGAGAGACUCGCGGAUAGAGCUUGUGGAAAGCUGCAGCCUUCUUUUGCUUGA